AGUGGCCAUUAUUAACGUUAAAAUGGGUAUUUUAAAAAUACCCAAGUCAAGAAAUAUCCAAUCUGGCCAUCCAGUCACCCUAAGUAGGGUCCGCACUCCAGUAUAUUGACAUCAAAACAGAACAACGUGUUUAACAGAAAAGUACUGAAGUGUCCCAUUAUUGUUUUAGUCAUGACACUGAUGCAACGCGUGAUCAAGCCCAAGAGCCAGAAGGCUAAACGAGCCUUGGAGGAGCGUGAGCCCAAGACCAUUGAAAACACCAAGGAAGUCAUGUUUAUCCGAGGCCAGAAAUGUCCAGACACUCUUCGACUUCUCAUGCGCGAUCUGGCCUCCAUUAAGAAGCCGCACGCCCAAUUUCUCGAUCAAAAGAACGACAUUCGGCCCUUUGAGGAUCACACCAAGUUGGAGUUCUUUUCCAAGAAGUUCGACAAAUCUUUAUUCAUUUUCGGGAGCAGCAACAAGAAACGCCCGAACAAUCUAAUCAUGGGUCGAUUCUACGACUAUCAAUUGCUAGAUAUGGUGGAAUUGGGCGUGACCAAGUUUCAAUCGCUCAGCGAUUUCAAAAAUGAAAAGAUUCCCACGGGCACAAAACCGUGUUUGAUGUUUUCGGGCGAGAUCUUUGAGGAAGAUUCAGAUAUGAAGCGCAUCAAAUCGCUCUUGAUCGACAUGUUUCGCGGACCUGAAGUGACCAAUAUUCGCUUGGCGGGAUUGGAACAUGCCAUUCAGUUCACGGCUACCCCUGAUAGGAAGAUCUACAUGCGAAGUUAUCAGAUUCAGAUGAAGAAGUCCUCCACGCCCAAAGUGCCCCGCAUUGAGUUGGAAGAGAUUGGUCCAUCCAUGGAUUUGGAGGUCAGACGAUUGCAUUUAGCCUCGGACGACUUGUUCAAGACCGCCUGCCGACAAGUGAAGAAUGUGUACAAGGAGAAGAAGGUCAAGAAUAUUGAGAAGGACGAGUUUGGUAGCGUUUAUGGCACACUCCAUUUACCUAAGCAAGACUUAAACAAUUUCCAAACACGAAAGUUAAAGGGAUUGAAGACCUCCAAGGCCGAGAAAAUGGCCGAGAAGAAGGCCAAAGCGGAGAAGGCCAGGCAAGCCAAGGGCAGCAAAGAUGGGGCAGGCGACGAAGAUAUGGAAGAAGCCGAAGGCGAUGAGGAGGAAGUUGUCGAAGAUGAUGCAGAAGAAGGUGAUUCAGAUAAUAUGGAAUCUGCUGAAGAUGAUGAAUAAACGACCAUUUGAUGAGUAA